AUAAUACAACGUAAAUGUGGAACGUAUAAAUCUAAAAUAAAACUGCAUUUGGCUACGCAAUGACGCAGCACUGUGCGUGCGACGUAACUACGUCACCAACCCGGAAAGAAUCGAGCAGUAGUGUUGUUAUCGCAGCAGCUGGAGGCUCAGCUGAUAUUUGCUCGCAGUUUUCCUCCAAAUCUAACAGAAGAAGAAGAAGAAGACGGGCUCCGACACGUUUCUCAGCCGUUAACGGUGUCUCCGGGCUUCUGUUUCCGUUGUUGUUGUUGUUGUUGUUGUUGUCGUCGCCACCAUGAACGUGACGCUGGCGGUGAAGCAGUACAUCUCCAAGAUGAUCGAGAGCAGCGGGCCCGGCAUGAAGGUGCUGCUGAUGGACCGAGAGACGACCAGUAUAGUCAGUGUGGUGUACACUCAGUCAGAGAUCCUGCAGAGGGAGGUUUACCUGUUUGAACGCAUCGACUCUCAGAACAGAGACAGCAUGAAACACCUGAAGGCCAUCUGCUUCCUCAGACCCACCAAGGAGAACGUGGAACAUCUGAUCCAGGAGCUGAGGAGACCAAAGUACAGCGUCUACUUCAUCUACUUCAGUAAUGUGAUCAGUAAGAGUGAGAUCAAAGCUCUGGCUGAGGCUGAUGAACAGGAAGUGGUGGCUGAAGUCCAGGAGUUUUAUGGAGAUUUCAUCGCUGUGAAUCCUCACCUGUUCUCCCUCAACCUGCAGGGAGUCGCCAGGGGGCGGAGCUGGGAGCCCUCCAUGUUGUCUCGCUGCACUCAGGGUCUGACCUCCGUCCUGCUCGCUCUAAAGAAAUGUCCCAUGAUCCGCUACCAGCUGUCCUCCGACAUGUCCAAACGCCUGGCCGAGAGCGUCAAGCAAAUCAUCACUAAAGAGUACGAGCUGUUUGACUUCAGGAAGACCGAAGUUCCUCCUCUGCUCCUCAUCCUCGACCGAAGCGACGACGCCAUCACACCUCUGCUCAACCAGUGGACGUACCAGGCGAUGGUCCACGAGCUGCUGGGUCUCAACAACAACCGGAUCGACCUCUCCAGAGUUCCAGGGAUCAACAAAGACCUGCGGGAGGUGGUGCUGUCUGCCGAGAACGACGAGUUUUACGCCAACAACCUGUACUUGAACUUCGGGGAGAUCGGCACAAACAUUAAGAACCUGAUGGAGGAUUUCCAGAAGAAGAAGCCUAAAGGACAACAGAAGCUGGAGUCCAUCACAGACAUGAAGGCGUUUGUGGAUAACUACCCUCAGUUUAAGAAGAUGUCGGGCACCGUGUCCAAACAUGUGACGGUGGUCGGGGAGCUGUCCCGGCUGGUGUCGGAGCGUCAGCUGAUGGAGCUGUCGGAGGCGGAGCAGGAGCUGGCCUGUCAGAACGACCACUCCAACGCUCAGCAGAGCGUGCGUCGUCUGCUGCAGAAUCCUCGGCUGAUGGAGUUGGACGCCGUGCGGCUCGUGAUGCUCUACGCUCUGAGAUACGAACGCCACAGCAGCAGCAUCCUGCCCGCUCUGAUGGACGAGCUGAGCCGAAGAGGAGUGUCCGAACGCCACCGCAGGAUGGUUCAGUGUGUGGUGGAGUACGGAGGGAAAAGAGUCAGAGGAAGUGACCUCAUCGCGCCGACAGACGCUGUCGCCAUCACCAAACAGUUCUUCAAGGGCCUCAAGGGUGUGGAGAACGUGUACACUCAGCAUCAGCCUCUGAUACAUGACACUCUGGAUCAGCUGAUCAAAGGUCGACUGAAGGACAGUCAGUUUCCAUACCUGGGAGCCAGCAGCCUCCGAGACAGACCCCAGGACAUCAUCGUGUUUAUGAUCGGUGGAGCCACGUAUGAAGAAGCUCUGACUGUCUACAACCUGAACCGCAGCACACCUGGAGUCCGCAUCGUGCUGGGAGGAAGUAACAUCCACAACACCAAGAGUUUCCUGGAGGAAGUGAUGUCAACGACGGGUCACGUCAGCGACAGAGCGCAAGGAGUCGGUCGCCAUAGCAGCAGGCGCUGAGCACAAACACAGAAACACUCCUGAACAGCAUCAUUCCCUCUCUUGCUCUCUGUCUCUGCCGCCGUUUUGUGUCCAAUGUUUGUUUAAAUCCUCUUGUUCUCCGUCAUUUCCAGAGACAGCUCCAGGACCUGAUUAGCCUAGCUUAGCUUAAAGACUGGAAGCAGGUGGAAACUGUUAGCCAAGCUCAAAAGAGACAAAAAAAUCCAAGUCAGACUGCUUUGGGGUCGUUGGAAGUGUGAUUCUCUUCUUUUAUUUAAGGCUGACGUUUCAUGUUUAUGUCCAGAAUCUGAGAAAUGUGAUGGAUUUUUGUUUGAACGUUAAGAGAGAAUUUGAGGACACUGAAACUAAACCAGACUGUAGAUCUUAUAAUCGUGUAUGAAUAUAUUUUCUGUCCAUGUCAAAUACUCAAAUGUGUCUUUGUUUUUCUCUUCAGAAGGAAAUUCCACCUAAAAUUAUAGUUCUCUCAUGUUGAUAAGUGUGUUUUCAUCCGCCUCGUUUUAUUCACAAUUUUAUUUUGUGCAUUAAAAACACUGGAAAUUCAAAUGAAAGUCUAAAUAACGUGUAAACAGCAGCUGUGUGGAUAAAAAUCAAAUAUAAACAGACUGAGUGAAUAAAUUAA